GCCCCAUUUCGGAAGCCGACCGCCCCCGGGGUCUUCCCAGGGCACUGGGGGGGGCCGAGGCCGAGGCCAACCAUGGCCAGCCUCCUGCUGCUAGCCGCCGCUCUGCUGUCCAGCUGGGCCCAGCUUCCGGCCGAAGCCAGCUCCUGGUGGUCAUUAGCUAUGAGCCCGGUACAGAGACCCGAGAUGUUUAUCAUCGGUGCCCAGCCCGUGUGCAGCCAGCUUCCUGGGCUUUCCCCUGGCCAGAGGAAGCUGUGCCAACUGUACCAGGAACACAUGGCCCACAUCGGGGAGGGAGCCAAGACGGGCAUCCAGGAGUGCCAGUACCAGUUUCGCCAGCGGCGGUGGAACUGUAGCACGGUGGACAACGCGUCCGUCUUUGGCAGAGUCAUGCAGAUAGGGAGCCGGGAGACCGCCUUCACGUACGCAGUGAGCGCCGCGGGGGUGGUGAACGCCAUCAGCCGGGCCUGCAGGGAGGGUGAGCUCUCCACGUGCGGCUGCAGCCGGACAGCGCGGCCCAAGGACCUUCCCCGGGACUGGCUGUGGGGCGGCUGCGGGGACAAUGUGGAGUACGGCUACCGCUUUGCCAAGGAGUUCGUGGAUGCCCGCGAGCGGGAGAAGAACUUUGCCAAGGGGUCGGAGGAGCAGGGCCGAGUGCUCAUGAACCUGCAGAACAACGAGGCGGGGCGGAGGGCUGUGUACAAGAUGGCGGACGUGGCCUGCAAAUGCCACGGCGUCUCGGGGUCCUGCAGCCUCAAGACGUGCUGGCUGCAGCUGGCCGAGUUCCGCAAGGUGGGGGACCAGCUGAAGGAGAAGUACGACAGCGCGGCCGCCAUGCGCAUCACCCGCAAGGGCAAGCUGGAGCUGGUCAACAGCCGCUUCAACCAGCCCACCCCGGAGGACCUGGUCUACGUGGACCCCAGCCCGGACUACUGCCUGCGCAACGAGACCACGGGCUCGCUGGGCACGCAGGGCCGCCUGUGCAACAAGACGUCGGAGGGCAUGGACGGCUGCGAGCUCAUGUGCUGCGGCCGCGGCUACGACCAGUUCAAGAGCGUGCAGGUGGAGCGCUGCCACUGCAAGUUCCACUGGUGCUGCUACGUCAAGUGCAGGAAGUGCACGCAGAUCGUCGACCAGUACGUCUGUAAAUAGCCAGCGGGGGGCGCUCUUCCGGCCCCUUCUCCACUCUGCCUCACAAAGUUUAUAUUAUAUAAAUCUAUAUAAAUCUAUUUUAUAUUUGUAUAAAUAAAGGGAUGGAUGAUAAAUAAUUAAAAGAAGAAAAUGGAAAGGAAAAGCUUAUUUAAGAGACGCUGCUGGAGAUGUUGGAGGAUUGCACUGUGCCGGGGCGGGGCGGGGGGCAGGGGCUUUCCCCCCUCCCUCAGGACGUCGGGACUUGGGGCUAGUCGCUGUCUAUCCACCGUGGCCUUGAGGAGUGGCGGGUAGAUGGAGAAGAUGAUUUUGUCUGGAGUCUGCCGGCUGGAUGACCGCCCUGUGACCCCCGUCAUUAGGCCAGGAGGCCCUGCGCAAGGUGGCAGG